CGCGCGCGCGUUCUCUAGUAUCCUCAUUUUGUGUCCCGCGCGGUGAACCACCAUGCCGCCCUUUCAGCUUCUUGUGGCCGGACUAACCCUGCUUGUCGUGUCCGAGGGACAGGCAGACCGGGAUCGUAGGGACGUGGGGGACACACCCGAUAAACGACUCAGGGAGUUCUUUGGCAAGAGAGAUUUAAGUUUAGCGGACUCAGCUGAAGGUACUGGACAGGAUUAUGGAACAUACGACAAGAGAGUCAGGGACUUCUUUGGUAAAAGGGAGGACAAACGUUUAAGGGAAUUCUUUGGUAAACGAAGCGACCCAAGUGCUGAUAAAAGGCUUCGGGAAUUCUUUGGAAAACGGAGUGGCGAUCUAAGUGCCGAUAAGAGACUGAGGGAAUUCUUUGGCAAAAGGAGCGAUCUAAGUGCCGAUAAGCGUCUUCGUGAAUUCUUUGGCAAAAGAAGUGACGUAACAGCGGACAAAAGAUUACGUGAAUUCUUCGGCAAACGAAAUGGACUCGAAGCUGACAAACGUUUGAGAGAGUUCUUUGGCAAAAGGUCCGACCAACCCGAACAGGAAAAACGUCUUCGUGAAUUCUUUGGAAAACGAAAUGGUCCAGAAGAACAGAAACGGCUCCGAGAGUUCUUCGGCAAACGGGACGGACACGUUGAUGACAAGCGUCUCAGAGAGUUUUUCGGGAAACGAGGUGGCCCCAUGGAAGAGAAACGACUACGCGAAUUCUUUGGAAAACGGAACGUAAUAGAGGAACAGAAACGUCUAAGGGAGUUCUUCGGCAAGCGUUCGGUCAUGCCUUCCCCGGCGGCAACAAAGAGGAAACGAGACGUCAGGAAGAGGGUGCGUGAGUUCAUAGGGAAACGUAGCCUCCUCAGCUUCGACGACAGCAUCGGCAACGGCUACAACAAACGCGUAAGGGAAUUCAUAGGCUAGGCGCCUAGACAGAGCCUGUGGAAGGCGGACUGCACGAGAGACUACUGGUGACGUGAGGGGUUCAAGGUAAACGGCAUUGACUAACAGACUGUUGAAAGAAUGGAACCAAGGGUGGUCCCGAUGGAUGACUAUAAGCAAAUACAAUUCCCAACCUGCUAGGAAUGUUUACUUUCUAUAGAGAUUAUUGAGGAUCUAUGUGAACAGUUCUAUUUCACUGAGGUACUGUGUGCUUGUGGUAUGUGAGAGUUGCAAUCUAUCAACUUCAUAAACUUUGGAUUCUCAGAUGUCAUGUAUGUACAGCGAAUACGUAUAAAAUAAGCUUAUCAAUAUCAAAACACUUUAUUGUAAGUUAAAUGGUAAUGUUAAAAAAUAUUAAGAUUAACAGAAUAACGUAAACGUGUGAGUAAUUCGCUGUCUGACUGACUAUAUACUUUCAUGACUGUUUUAAUGCAAUAUUAAACGAAUCUUUGCUGAUAUUUAAUAAAUUCUAUUUUUAUGAUA